GUCGAGAAGAUUCCUCUGAAAAGAGAUUAGAGCGUGCAAACCUAAAUGAUGAAAUUGAUAUCAAGUUUGGAUUUGAGAGAUACAAGGACCCAGUGGAAAGGACGGGAUGGCUCAUCAACAUGCACCCAGCUGAUAUUUUGGACGAGAAUAAAAGGCUUAUAAGUGCUGUGGAUUACUAUUUCCUGGAAGAAGAUGGAGGAAGAUUUAAGGCAACCUUCCCUUUUCGUCCCUACUUUUUUGUGGCCACCAAGAAGGAGUACGAGCGAGAAGUGGCAUCGUUUCUCACCAAGAAAUUUUCUGGAAAGAUUGCAUCAGUGGAGUCGGUGUAUAAAGAGGACUUGGAUCUGGCAAACCACCUGGUGGGCCUGAAGAGAACCUACCUCAAGCUGUCCUUUCUGUCGGUAGAGGAUUUGACCAAGGUCAAACGGGAAAUUAAUCCCGCUGUCACCAAGAACAAGGAGCGUGAGAAGUCGAGUGAAGCCUACACAACAAUGUUCUCUAGUUACUUGACCGGUGAGGACAGCAAGACCAAUUCCAAAAAGAUGGUUGACCAGAUGGACAACUUAAUGGACAUCAGAGAAUACGAUGUUCCAUACCAUGUGAGAGUGUCCAUAGAUCUCAAAAUAAAUGUAGGUCACUGGUACUCGGUCCGGGGGCGUGGCUCCUUACCUGUAGAGAUCCUACCUCGGGAAGACCUCGUAGACAGACCGGAUCCGGUUGUAUUGGCGUUUGAUAUCGAGACCACCAAACUUCCACUCAAGUUUCCCGACUCGGCCACGGACCAAAUAAUAAUGAUCUCCUACAUGAUUGACGGCCAGGGGUACCUGAUCACAAACAGAGAAAUAGUUUCUCAGGACGUUGAAGACUUUGAGUAUACACCUCGGCCGGAGUUUGAGGGUCCAUUCAUCAUAUUCAAUGAACCCGAUGAAGUCACGUUAAUACGGCGAUUCUUUGACCAUGUACUGGAUGUACGUCCGCAUAUCUUUGUGACAUACAACGGCGAUAUGUUUGAUUGGCCAUUCGUAGAGGCAAGAGCAGCUCUCCAUGGGUUGGACAUGUCUCGGGAAAUCGGCUAUCAGAAGGAUAUCCAAGGGGAAUACAAGUCUCGUCCGUCUAUACACAUGGACUGUCUGCGUUGGGUCAAACGAGACAGCUACCUGCCUGUGGGAAGCCAGGGUCUAAAAGCAGUCGCCAAGGCUAAACUACGUUACAACCCUGUAGAGAUGGACCCUGAGGACAUGUGUCGUAUGGCCAGUGAAGAACCACAGGUCUUGUCCAAUUACUCUGUAUCCGACGCCGUGGCGACCUACUAUUUGUACAUGAAGUAUGUCCACCCGUUUAUAUUUGCCCUGUGUACCAUCAUCCCCAUGGAACCAGACGAGGUUCUGAGGAAGGGAUCGGGAACUCUAUGUGAGGCCUUACUUAUGGUCCAAGCCUAUCACGCCAAUAUCAUCUUCCCCAAUAAACAAAUGGCUGUGUUCAACAAACUCACUGAAGACGGACAUGUACUCGACUCUGAGACGUAUGUAGGCGGUCAUGUGGAGGCGCUGGAGUCGGGGGUCUUUAGGGCCGACCUACCCUGCAGGUUCAGAAUGGUGCCGGAGGCAUUUCAAAACUUGAUAGACAAGGUUCACAAGACGAUGAAGCAUGCUAUAGAAGAGGAGGAGAAAAUUCCAAUGGACACAGUGACAAACUUGGACGAGGUCUGCACAGAUAUUAUCGAGCGCUUGGCUAUGUUACGUGAUUGUCCAAACCGCCUCGAGAACCCGAUCAUCUACCAUCUUGAUGUGGCCGCCAUGUACCCCAACAUUAUCCUAACUAACAGACUACAGGUAUUGAAUGAAAGUUUAUAA